AUGUCCAAGCGACCACGUCAAGUCGCUAUUACUAUACUAGAAAAAGGUUUUCUUGUCGACGAGCUUCAUUACGGACCUUACUCACGUUAUUGGUGGGAAUUUUAUGAGGACAAUGAUGACCUGUUUUAUUUUCUUAUUCGACUUGGCUUUAAAGUAAAAGUCAACCUUAAUAAUCAUUUUUUUUGUAUUACUAUUCAAAGAAGAAAUGAUUAUAAUUUUUUUUUCCCCGAAUAUUAUUGUGAAUCAGACAAUUAUUAUAUAACUUCUUCUAAUCCCACUAAUGCAAUUUCUACUAUAUACAAAUUUGUAUUUGGUAAUCAAACCCGUUAUUCGGGUUCUAUUAUUCUUGGGUGGAAUCAAAAAGAUAUCGUACAACAAUUAAUAAAUGAU